AUGAGCGGCUUCCGCGGGGUGAUGAAGGAUGGGUGGCAUCCCAAGGGUAAAGAAGGCGGCAAGGAGAGCUGGAGAGGUGACUUCAAGGGAAUUAACCAAGUGGCUGGCUGGAUGGGAAAAGGCAAAGAUAGCAGCAAAGACGAUCGAGCCGAGCAUGUCUCACGUCCUCUAUCCUCACUCAAGGAUCCAGCAACCUUCGGACCACCACCGAAACGCGGAGACUCACGAACGUCAACGACAUCCGUUUCGAAGUCGACGACUGCCUCAAGGGGCCUUGGAUCAGAAUUGGCAGCGGAAGAGAUCACUCACGAACCUGAACAAGUUGAAGAGCCGGCGCCUCCUCCUCUACCGUACCGUGCCAACCGGACAGGAAUAAACAUAGAACAUCUCCCUCCACCUCCAGUUCGACGUACAGAAUCCCCCGCAAAUAGUACUCAUGCGCCUGCCUCACAACCUCGACCUCAUCUUCCUCCUCGUUUACCUACCCGCAACACCACCACCUCCCCCUCACCCCCUCCGCCACCAUACUCCGAAGCAGACCGCUCAAUUGAGAUGAAUCAAGGUUCAGUGUCGCGUCUAGAACAAGCCGGCGUUUCCGUUCCUGCGCUCGGGAUCGGUCGAAGAGACAGUGACCAGUCUGCUACAGUUCAGAGGGGCAUGAACAAUCAAGUCAAUGAACUUCAAACCCGCUUCGCGAAAAUGUCAACCCCGGGAUCACAAACUCCCCAGAGUCUCCAAAGUCCAAUUCCAAUUGAGCGACCUACUUCACAGAGAGGAUUUGACAGUAACACAUCCACGGCGUCGAGAACGGAUACUCGCCCAUCUCCACUACCAUCAACUACAAGCACAUUCCGACAACGUAGCAACGAGCACAUUGAAACUGGCAAACAGAAACUAGCAGCAUUUAAUCAAAAACACCGAAUCACAGAACGCAUCAACUCGUAUUUUGAAGAACAACCCCCUCUCAAAGCGUCCCAGGGUGCACCGCAACCUCCACCUCCACCACCACAUCCAAAUCUGAGCAGACAGAGUUCGAAUAUUGAUAUAGAAGUGCUAAAUAAAAGGAAACCGCCGCCACCACCUCCGCCUGCUAAAAAGCCUAAUUUGAAGUCGACGCCUGUGAAUGGUGGUGCUGAAUCACCAUCUCCGCCGCCGUUACCUUUGGGGACGAAGCCUCGAUGA